CGUCAGGGGGCUGAUUUGUAUGGGAACCGGGACUGGGGGAGGGACGGCUGCAUGUAGCUGCUUUGGGACGUUUUUUGCGCGGAUAAAACGAGGCUCCUGUGGUUCCGUGCGCAGCGUUAGAACCGCUCGCUGAAGCCGAAUCCUCCUUUUAUUUUUUCAAGCCCUCUCUGCAUCCUCGCUCCUCCUCCUCAGCUGAGAGUAAACACGGCAUGCACGUUGCGUGCAACUCCGUGGAGGAUCGGGAAAAGAUGGUGCGCAGCGUGUAGCCGCGGAUUUCUAUGCGCCACAGCAGCAGCGGAGGGAGGAACGACAUGGACAUGUUUGGGAUUUACCUCCUCCUCUCCAUCGCUCUCCUUCCCCGCUCCAGCUGUACCACAGCCAAGGAGAUCACCUGCCAGGGAAUCGCCGUGCCUCUGUGCAAGGGCAUCGGCUACAACUACACCUACAUGCCCAACCAGUUCAACCACGAUACGCAGGACGAGGCGGGCCUGGAAGUGCACCAGUUCUGGCCCCUGGUUGAGAUCCAGUGCUCUCCAGACUUGAAGUUCUUCCUGUGCAGCAUGUACACCCCGAUCUGCCUGGAGGACUACAAGAAGCCCCUGCCGCCGUGCCGGAGCGUGUGCGAGAGAGCGCGCGCCGGCUGCGCGCCGCUCAUGAGGCAGUACGGGUUCCCGUGGCCGGACAGGAUGAGGUGCGACCUGCUGCCCGUGCAGGGCAACCCGGACACUCUGUGCAUGGACUACAACCGAAACGACUCCACCACGGCGUCACCCGUGCUGUCCAAACCCACCAACCACCCCGGGAGGAGCCCGAAAAGCAAACCCGGGAGAGCCGGUGCGCCGGGAAAGUACAAGCCGCCUGCCGCGCCGUGCGAGCCCGGAUGUCGGUGUCUGGAGCCCAUGGUGGCGGUGACCACGGAGCGCCACCCGCUUUACAACCGGGUGAAGACCGGGCAGGUCACCAACUGCGCUAUGCCGUGCCACAACCCCUACUUUACGCACGACGAGCGCGCCUUCACUGCGUUUUGGAUCGGACUGUGGUCCGUCCUGUGCUUCGUGUCCACCUUCGCCACGGUCGCCACGUUCCUCAUCGACAUGGAGCGCUUCAAGUACCCGGAGAGGCCCAUCAUCUUCCUGUCCGCCUGUUACAUGUUCGUGUCCGUGGGCUACAUCGUCAGGCUGAUCGCUGGACACGAGAAAGUGGCGUGCAACCGUGACUUUGAUGUGGAGCACAUCCACUACGAGACCACCGGUCCCGCGCUGUGCACCAUCGUCUUCCUCCUCAUCUACUUCUUCGGCAUGGCCAGCUCCAUCUGGUGGGUCAUCCUGUCACUCACCUGGUUCCUGGCGGCGGGGAUGAAGUGGGGCAACGAGGCGAUCGCCAGCUACGCGCAGCACUUCCACCUGGCCGCGUGGCUCAUCCCGAGCAUGAAGUCCAUCGCGGUGCUGGCGCUCAGCUCCGUGGACGGGGACUCCGUGGCCGGCAUCUGCUACGUGGGGAACCAGAACCUGGACAACCUGCGCGGCUUCGUCCUCGCGCCUCUGGUCAUCUAUUUAUUCAUCGGAACCAUGUUCCUCCUGGCCGGAUUCGUGUCGCUCUUUAGGAUCCGCAGCGUCAUCAAGCAGGGCGGCACCAAAACCGACAAACUGGAGAAGCUGAUGAUCCGGAUCGGGAUUUUCACGGUGCUCUACACCGUCCCGGCCACCGUCAUUGUGGCGUGUUACUUUUACGAGCAGCACAACCGGCAGGAUUGGGAGAUGACGCACAACUGCUCCAGCUGCCUAAUGGAGCGCGAGCGCGCGCGCAGCGGGCCGGACUACGCCGUCUUCAUGCUCAAGUACUUCAUGUGCCUUCUGGUGGGCAUCACGUCCGGAGUGUGGAUCUGGUCCGGGAAGACCCUGGACUCGUGGAGGACUUUCUGCACGCGCUGCUGCUGGGGCAGCAAGGGCACCGGCGGCUCCAUGUACAGCGACGCCAGCACCGGGCUGACGUGGAGGUCGGGCACGGCCAGCUCCGUGUCCUGCCGCAAACAGAUGCCCCUGUCACAGGUCUGAUCCCCCAUCCAAUUCAAGCCGAAGUGUGGACUAGUCCUCUCCUUAUAUUGUGUUACAUAGUUAUCACAGUCAAACUCAUAUUUACAAUGAGCGGGACCUGAAUUUUGAACACAAUAUAAGCGUUAAAUUAAGCCUUAAAGCCCUCCACCUGUGUUUUUUUAUUUUACAUGUAUUUAUAUAAAAUUUCUGUAUAAAAAUGUACAUUUGUGUAUAAAAGAAAACUUUAUAAGAUAUUGUAUAUUUGUACAAAGUGUAGAUUGCCUCUUUUUGGUGACAAAGCAGCCUCUAUUUUGACAAUAAAACACGCAGUUUCCCAUGCA